UAGAUUUGUAGUAAGAAGUAAAAUUAGAAGUAAAGUUUUCAGACCUCCAGAGAAAGCAGAAGUUUCCAAGGCUGAACUCGUUCGGCCACUUCCUCCUCCGCUGCCAAAUGCGGCAGCACGCAAAGUCCCACCGUCAAGCCCGUUGGUUGCAUUGCCUGCUAGGAAGCCUCACCCGUCACCUAGUCCAGCAUCGGUCGGGAGGCCUAUUGUCAAAGAAGAGCCUGUUAGCAAGGAAUAUCCUGAUAAUCCUGGGCCUUCUCAAGUUUUGUUGAAAACUAAGACGCUGGAGCUUGUACCAAGUAAUUCAACACCAGGCAGAUUACCAGCUAAGAAGGAGCUAUUGAGCAGAGCUAGGCAAGGCGUACCAGUGGAGAUGCGAUCGCCUCCGGCUCACACUAGCAUCGCUGCAACGUCGUUGUUUUCACGUUAUUCCGUGGACGAUUACGAAUCCGAUGGCUCCGCGUCACCAGAGCUUGGCGUUGACGAUGUACCACAGUCGCUACUUCCAAGCACUCCAUCGCAAGCAGCUGCUCCAUUGUCAUCUCCUACUCCUGAUCUAACCUCCGCGACCUCUUUGGCGCCCACUCCAUCUCCUUCAAAGUCACAAAUAGCUAGAACUUUAACGCCUCCUCCCAAGCGUGUGCCAGUUCCACAACCGCCACAUAGAUCAACUUCGCAGCGAUCUGUGCCUGCACCUCCACCAUUACCACGGAAGGAGAAAGUGGUGAAAACUCCCGAAAGGACUGCAUCGCCAGUGGUUAAACAGGAAAAUGUAAAACCUGUGGUGAAGAGCGAGGAAGAAAAGCCAGCUGAGCGCUUUAGAUUCAAACCGCAGGUGCCCAGACCCACCCCGGUGUCUCCGCUCAAACCAGCUGUGCCAAAGCGCGAAGCACCAGUGGAGCCAGGACUUGGUGGAAAGGAUGUGAACUGUAAGGAAAUCAGAAAUCAUUUUGAAGAGAACGAGAAGAGC